GAGAGAGAGAAAAGCUUUUGAUAAGAGAACUUGUUCGUCGAAAGUCAGAAGACACUUUCACACCGUCAACAUGGUCCAGUGGACAGAUGCCGAGCGUGCUGCCAUCAAAUCCCUGUGGGCAAAGAUCGAUGUGGGUGAGAUCGGACCCCAGGCUUUGGCCAGGCUUUUGAUCGUGUAUCCAUGGACUCAAAGACACUUCUCAAGCUUCGGCAACAUUUCCACCAACGCCGCCAUCCUCGGGAACGACAAGGUGGCCGCGCACGGCAAGACAGUGAUGGGUGGGCUGGACCGAGCUGUGAAGAACUUGGACGACAUCAAGAACGCUUACACCCUGCUGAGCCAGAAGCACUCUGAGCAAAUCCAUGUGGAUCCUGAUAACUUCAGGCUUCUUGCUGAGUGCAUCAGUGUGUGCGUGGGUGCCAAGUUUGGCCCCAAAGUCUUCAACGCCGAUGCCCAGGAGGCCUGGCAGAAGUUCCUGGCUGUGGUGGUCUCCGCCCUGGGCAGACAGUACCACUGAGGCUCCGGAGACGCAGACGUGCUUCUAAAACGUCUCAUGUCCUGUCGCGUGGCUGCCGCCAAAUCCCCCAAAAUAAAAACAAAACCCUCAAAUCAAA